AUGAACUUGGCGGUCGUGUCGCCAGACGGGUUGAGCUCCGAGGCAGCUUGUGGUGCUGCUCGACCCUCCGCUGCUCCCAGUGCUGCCCCCACUCGCGCUCCCCCCGCUGCUCGUCUCGCCGCUGCUCCCAGUGCUGUUUCCAUUCGCGCUCCCCACGCUGCUCGUCCCGCUGCUGCUCCCAGUGCUUCCCCCACUCGCGCUCCCUCCGCUGCUCGUCCCGCCGCUGCUACCGGUGCUGUUUCCACUCGCGCUCCCCCCGCUGCUCGUCCCGCCGCUGCUCCCAGUGCUCCCCCCACUCGCAGUCCCUCUGCUGCUCGUCCCGCCGCUGCUCCCAGUGCUGUCCCCACUCGCGCUCCCUCCGCUGCUCGUCCCGCCGCUGCUCCCGGUGCUGUUUCCUGUCGCGCUCCCUCCAAUGCUCGUCCCUCCGCUGCUCCCACUGCUGCCCCCGCUCGCGCUUCCCCCGCUGGGGGUGCUUGUGGUCCCACCGGCGCCGGUGGUGGUGGUGACGCCACCCCCAGUGCUUAUAACGGAGCCAUCAGGGCCGUACGUGGUGCUGUUGCUCACAGUGGUGCUCUUGGUGAUGCUCGUGGUAGUCGUCGUCGUUACAGUCACAAUGCUGCCGGUCCCCUCCCGCAGCAAGCGGCGCUUGCCGACGGGUGUGGCGCAGAGGGUGAGUGA